CGGAAUUCGUACGUGUCAGUCGAAGACAGUCGCCGAGUGAAUCAGUUACCCGAAAUAAGUGCUUUUAUUUAUUUUUUAAGGCAGAAAACAAAAGGAAAAACGAAAAUCUAUUAGUGAGAAAAAAUAAAUUUAUUAUUAUUUCGUGAUUUAAGUAAAUAGAAAACUCCCGAAACCAUGCGUUUCAAGUUCGGACACACAUUUUUCGUGUGUGCCGUGUUGUUGUUGUGCGUGCUGCAGUGCGAAUUCGCAGCCAGCUACAAGACCGAAAUCGAGAUAACACCAGCGCCACCGGAGGAACAAACAACAAAGAAAUCCGGCUGGUUCAGUCGUCUCUUUGGUAGCGGCGGCGGCAGUGACAAGACAACGACAACCACAACACCAUCACCACCACCACGCCAAGUGCCAACACCGACACAAACAGUGCAGGCUCAGCCACAACCUCAGCCUAAUGCGCCACGUAUACAACCAAAUGCGGCCGGUGCACAGAAGCCGCCACCACUUGCUAUCAAUCCACAUGCGCCGCUAAUGCCACUCGGUCCACGUCCCGACACACCUGAAUCCUCACCGUAUGGUGGUAAUGGCCGCGAUCCACCACAGUGGCCAACUCCUACAUCGCAGGCAGCAGCACAUACGCCUACGACGCCUGGAGGUGUACGACCGCCCGUGGGUAGUCCACAACUGCAGCCGGCCAGCACACGCCCACAGAAUGUGCCGGCAAGUGCAAACUAUGGUGGCAGCGGUACAUUUGGCACUGCUGGUAAUGUGAAUACAUUUGGGCGUCCAGGUACAGCACAACCAAAUUUACCGCCUGGUUUUGCACCGUAUCAGCCACUCAAGUCACAACCUUCCGGGUUGGAUUUGAGUUAUGGCGGUGGCGCACGGCCACAAGCUGGUGGUAGCGUUGCACGACCUGGUUUUGGUUUGGCGCCUUUGACUAGCACCACAACAACUACAACAACCACCACGACGACAACAACUACUACACCAAAACCUGGUGCGCCUGGUAGUGCUUUGGGCUUGGAUAUGCGUAAUGGGUUUGGUGUACCUACAGCAACAUCGACAACACAUCGACCAUCCACAGCGAAAGAUGAAUAUCCACCACUACCACCACCACGUCGUCCUUCGGUUAGCGUUAAAGAAGAUUUUCCACCGCUGCCAACACCUCGUUCACCAGGUAGCCCAACACCAGCAUCACCUUUGCGCCCAUCUACACCCGGCGGCGCACAACCUACACCUACCUUUGCGUGGGGUUCUCCAACACCAUCGGCGCCAGCGCGACCUGGCAGUGGCAGCAUAACACCACAAUCACCCACACCUUCCACACCCACACGACCUGGUUCUCCCGCGUCUGGAGGUACUGGUGUCUCAUUUGUUCCCCAUGUACCGGGACCAUCGACUACAGCAAGACCUGGCGCCGCUAGUGGUUCCACUGGUAGCUCAGUUGCUAGUGAUGAUGAAAUACGCGCACUCACGGAGCAGCUGUAUACCAAAGAGCAGAGCUUGUUAAAUUUCGUACAUGUCGAUCCACAAGGCAAGACGAGAUCAAUUGACAGCACAGACGAAGCCCCCAAACCACUAUUUGAAGUCGAACCCCGUGCCUUUGAAAAUCCCACAGUCGCCAAAAUGCGUGCACUUUUCGAUAACUAUGAAGAAGAUACCUUAACCAAUGAACAUGUCACCGUCAACGAACGUCGUGAAGAGAAUGAAUUUGUAGAUGCUGUCAUGAGCACACCAGUAAUGCGACAAGCUAUGCUUUUCCUGCAGAAUAAAGGUAUUGUUUCGCCUGAUCCCAAAACUCAUCGUGACCUUGUGAAAGAACUCUGGUUCACACAAUAUUCACGCGGUCAAGGACGCAUCGGCAGCUCGGGCUUUGAACACGUCUUCGUGCAUGAGGUGAAGAAUGGCACACUGAUUGGUCUACACAAUUGGGUAUACUUUGCUGAUGAGGAGAAGGCAGGCCGCCUGGACUACAAAGGUUAUCUCCAUCAAAUCGACUUGGGAAAUAAAGCCAAAGUCCUCAAAGUACGCUUCACUCACAAGGGCGUGAAUAAACCAGUUAAUGGCGUCUUCGCUGGCACCUCACCCGAACUGGAGUUGGCUUUGUACACCGUCUGCUUCCAGCUGCGUCCAGAUCGCUCUUGUCCUGUCUCGCUAGGGAAUCAGCGGUUCGGCAUUGUCACCUAUACUUGGCGUUAUCGUGGUAAACAUUUGAUUGGCAGCGCCUUCCCUGAAAUAUAAUCAACGCAUUAAAUUAAGAUUUCUUUACUAAUAUUUUAUCCAUGUUUUUCAUGAAAUGACCAAGAGAUUGUAGUUUAAUAAGACGCGAAGUGAAUAAACCAGGAACAUUUAUUUUCUAAAGAA